UUUGGAGUUCGAUUCGGAAAUUAGCACGUGAUUUAUGCAUGAACAAUUUUGGUCGUUAUUAGAAGUUCAUGACUGUCGUUUUAUUUUGUAAACUAGUGUAAUUAGACAGUCGUUAUUUCAUACGAUCCGGGUCGCCUAGUAAUAUUAAAGUUAUCCCAUUUAACAUCAUUUUUUUUUUUUUACUAAAAGCUGUAUCCUUAUUGCAAUGUAGGGUAAUGAAUAGUUUUGAAUUUUAUGGUAGAGUUAGAGCAGCAGGUGAUCCGGUGGCUGAUCCUACUACAUAUUUACAUAUAUUUUACCCCGCAUCAGUUUCCUCCACUAAGUUAAAAGCAAAAUUCCAACCAUUCUCACAGGUGCAGUUCCGAAAAAAACAACUGAAUUACUAGUGAAACCAAGAGCCCAUCCUUUCCCGAAGCAUGCCGAAAGUGAAUGCAACACGCCAUCCUUGAGCAAGGUGCAGUGCUUGGUGGCGGUAGGCAGUGUCAGAUCGCGCAACGAACCGGUGAUAGUGCAUUACAUUAGAUAGAAAAUAAAAUAUUCUCCAACAUUUCUCCACAAAACCUCACAUUUAAUCGGUGGUCGUCGGUGAGCUUGCGCCAAGGGGUGCCUCCGGACGGAACGGAAGUUAUCAAUCAAUCCCGGACACUACUGGGCGCCACACUCCUCUGAUGGUAGGAAGGAGUGCCACCACACGGGCGAGAAGCGAGACCUUGUUGGUGCCGGGACGCGAGAGAAGAGUUUAAAACGUAAAUUAGUGCAACCGAAGUGCGCUCGCGAGUGAUAACUUUUGUGCUGGUUUGUGGUUUGGGGGCAUCGUGUGAGUGUGGGACGGAGCCUGUCUUUCCAAGGAAUUCGUUUACCGUGUCUGGUGGUCGACGAUGGAUACCUAAAAUAGACUUGCGAGAUGGCUGACGACGUCAGGGAUUAACAGUGCAGCAGACUAGCCCCCCCUCGGCAACGGGCGCCAACCGCCGCCGGUAGUACUUGUGCCUCAGCGCCAUGCCAUGGGUAUGAACAUGUUCAGCCGGAAUGAUGAGCGCUCAAACGCAACAGCCUCAGCUGGACCGUCGUCGUCGCGAUCGCGGUUCGACUACUACUACAACACCACGUCAUCACCGUCAUCAUCGGUGGAAAAUCAAGCUUACUCCGACAACCAGACCAGCCUGUUUGGCGAUCCGGUCCUACCGGCCUCUCGCCAUGCGGAUCUGCUCGAGGGAGGCGAUCUGUACCAGAACCUCAAGAACAACAUCGAGCUGUACCACUCGAAGUUGUACAACGAGCAGGAGAAACAACGGCAGGCCGAGCGCGACCGGAUGUUCAAUCAGUUCACCACUCAGCGGGGGUCGUCUUCGGCCACGACCAGCAGCAGUGGAGCGAAGGCCUCGCUCAGCAAUAUCAACGUGACCAACCAUGGGGAGGAUCCGGUGCGAAGGUUUCAACGAACACGGUCCGCCAACUUGGGACUGGAUGCGAUUGGAAACAGACCCACUCUUCAGGACAUGGACCUUCUGAAGCACAACGAUUGGAUCAACUUUUCCGAGUAUGAGUACAACGACAGCCUGAUCCCGAAGACUUCGCAAGCGGUGGUCGAUGUUCAACAGUUCGCCAACAACAACUUGAACCGCACGAUCGAGAAUGGUGUCUUCCAGAACCCACGGGCAGCAGCCCUGAAGGCCCGCCGUAACUCUAUGAGUGACAAUCUGUACGCCGCCCCAUCCACCAUCAGCGGGUACGAAGUAGUGGACAAGUUGAAACCAUCCACGUUUACCAUUCUGGGUCACGGCGGUGCGGACCCUCGGCUAUACGAUGGUUCCUCAAUGUACCUGGGAGGGUCGGACAUUGCCAACUCAGCGGACGCCAUGAGCGAGUUUGAACGGAUGGUCCGGUAUCACAAGCUCGACGCAACCAAGCCUAUUCUCACGGAUAAAAUCACAACCGGGUCCAAUUUUAGAGUUCCCGACGCACGCCAACACAAGAAGCCUGCAUUUACAAUCAUCAACGAAAGCCUGCCCAAGUCGAACUCAUUCGACACCUCAACGGGACCGUUCCUGCCCUACUCAGCCAAACAACAGCUGCCCACGACGCGUAUUCUGUCCGCCAGCUCUGUUGGACACAGUGCCUUCCUCAAUAGCCGCGGUCAUCACUUGAGCAUGGCAGCCGAAGAUCCGUUUUUAGCGUACCAGCGUCGGUUCAGCAAUGCUUCACAGGUUUCGCCUGCGCGAUCGACAGGGAAACGGCGAAAAUCCGUAUCGAAGAAAAGCGCCGGAACCGGCAAAAAAUCCAAAAGUAAAGCAGCCACCGUUAACGUUCCGAAUCCCAACCGAAAGCAACGGGGAGUGCUCGGGAUAUUCAACCGAGGAACUCCGUCACCUACCAAACAACCAAACCAUGCCAAAAGUGCCAAACUAGAAAUUACCGGAGCAUCCGAUGACGGACAAACGUCAACCACGCCGACUGAAACGACCGACGUGACCGAAAUUCCCGAACAUCAGCUACGACAUUUGAAGAUGUUCUCCUAUAAACCUUUUGCCCUAAGGCCGACACUGUCUCCCGUGGCCGAUAAGAGUUCGAUGGAAAACUCGCAAAUCGACCUGAAGGACACUUCACCAGCCAAAGAGAAGGGUGGGUACCUCCGAACGCCCGUGUUCAACAUCCGCGGGCUAUUGUCCCCAGGAAGAUUCAAGGGCAAGGGCGAAUCGCCUACCAAAGAAAAGGGAGGCCUGGCGUCCGUUGGCGCAGCCAUGAACGCAGCCAUGGCUGCUGCAGCCGUAGGAGACAUGAAACGUGCGGAUAGCAAAGAACGACAGGAACCACCGAAGCGAAGGGGAUUCAAUCUAGCCCGAGCCAUCAUAGACUACGGCAAAAAGUCCGACCAGGAAGAGGAGAAAAAAGCUAAACCGGAACCUGCCCAAACAAAACCGGAAGUCAAACGAGACGGUCGUCGGAAAGAUUCCGAAGGAAAUCGAGUGAAAGACAAGAAGGAUAGUCCAAAAAAGUCGACUCCGAAGAAGAAAGGCAAGGCGAAACCAACGGCGAAAAAGGGUGGCGCGAAAGACGACUAUGAUGACUAUUACUACGAAGAAGAUGAGAAACCUAAACGAGGAAUGUUGCGAGGAGCGUUGAAUCUUGCUUCGAGUUUGAGAGGGGGCAGUAAGAAAGGUACGACGAAGGAACCACCAGGGAAGGCCACUCGAGUAGCCAGUGCAAAACGAGGUGGGCAGAGAAGUGCAACGAUGGGCGCAGGAAGUAGGGUAGCCGCCGGAGUCAAAAGUGGGAAAGCCAGCGAAAGGACGAGUCAGCGACCGGGAGAAAAGAGUGCAAAGGUGGUGCCGAAAGGUGGUGCGACUCCAAAGUCGGCGUCUGGGCCGAAAGGCAAAACACUGAGACGAAGCAGUUCGACUAGCGCGUUGAAUGUAGAUAGCGUUAAGAAAUUGAAUCGACUGUAUGAGAAGAAUGCAAAAGCGGGCGAUCGUAAUGGGAAGAUGCUGAAGGGAGACAAAAAGUCCCGACAAUCAACCGACAGUCUGCUGAAAAAGGCUGAUAGUAGAGGAGAAUUGAAACAAAAGACUGGAAACAAAUCAGCAACAGAGAAGGAAAUCGUCAAACGGGACUCGGAAAAGUCCUUAAAGAAAAGUGAUAGCAACAAGUCAAUAUUGAAGUUGGGCAAAAAGAGUGAUUCGAAGGGAUCUCUCCAUGGAAAACGAUCCGAUUCGAAGACCAGUCUUCAUCAGACUGAAGCAAUGGCAUCGAUGGCUGCAAGUUUGCCAGCGGCAGCCAUGGAUCAUGCGUCGAACCACAAAUCAGACGCAGAAUCUUUGAAAGCUGCCUUAAGCACUUUAAAUGACGCACCCGCUGAUAGCGGAAUGAGAUCUGCCAAGGUUACGCCCACACCCAGCAAGAAGCUGCAAAGCAAGGGCUCCUUGCUUAGUUUACUAAGUUUAAGAAGCACAAGCCGUAAACCACACGACGUCGAAGCUGGAGUGGCAGAUUCCGGUGGAAAAGAUUCCCGCCCCGGUACGGCCCAAACUGGGGUGGGACGACUGAAAUCGGCAUCCGUGAGAAACAUGUCUGCGAAACCAGGAACUCCUACCGGAGCCGACGGAGAGUUCGGGUCUCAAGGCAGCAUCCGAGAGAAGCCGGGCAGUACCAAGCCUCAGCGGAGGGGUAUGCUGAGCAAGAACAACAGCACCAUCUCGAUGAAAAGCGUCGUCCAUGCGCGGUCGUUCAUCAACAUUCGGCCAUCGUCGAAAACCGACGACAUGAAGAAGAUCGAUUCGAUGCCGCAGAUGAGCAAGGUGCAGGAAGGUUCCCAAGAGCACGACGAUGGCGACGAAGGGUUGACCAUGGCAAUGAGGGGUGGAGGUGGAACCAUGACGACGACAUCGGCAACGCAUACGAUGACAGUGGCUGGAGUGGGAGAGGGGGAGAAAGUUUCCAAUGAGUACAACGAACAGCGCGCCAAAACGCAUUCACCAGAAACGGGAGGAAUGCAGGGUGGCGGUUCGAAGAUGAUGGGAAAUGAAUCAAGUGCCAACACCGACUCGAUAAUGAUGCAGCGACAUCAGGGCGAGGAGGAUAACAGUGACGAAUUUAACGAGACUGGAAAAUCGAAAUGUUGUACCUGCUGUGGGCCGUGCUGGACCAAGACGUGCCUUCCGUUUAAGCGCUGCUUCAGCUGUAGUUCCUGCUGUGGCCGGUGCCGUGGCAAAAGAGGCGGUGGUGGCGCCAGCAAUCCCCGUCCGAAGCCGAAAGCGGAAGCCAAGCCAAGCGGUCCGUCCUGUUGGCAACGGUUGAACUGCUGCCGCAGCUGUCGACGGUCGAAAACGUCCCCGGCGGAAGCGCAGCCCCCGGCGGGCACACCGAAGAAAUCCUGCUGGCAGUCGCUCAGCUGCUGUGCCAGCUGCCGGCGGAACAAAUCUCGAGAACUGGUGCCCCGGUCAUCGAUCGACAGCGAACCGGAAGAGAAGACCUCCCGAUGCCGGUCCUGCUGGAGCCGACUGCUGUGCUGUAGCCGAUUUCGGAAGAACGGAGGAAGCAAAGCGGUACAACGCCACAAGAUGCAGUCCGAACCGGCCGAGAUGGAAACGGUCAAGUGUUGCUUCUGCUGCAAGCGCACGCGACCGAAGAAGGAGGAGAAGCCCAAGAAACCGAAGCCGAAGGUCAAGUCGAGUUUCAAUUGUCUGAGUUGUUGCAUCAUGUGCUGUCCGAAGAAGGGCGACAAUGGCAGUCGGAGAACGAGUAACUUCAGCAAGAAGCAGAGUAUAGCUCCGACGAUACCACCAGAGGAUCUCCGGCCGAAAAUUGACAUGUCUCUGGUGGAGCACUCCUCCAUGAUGCGAGGCGCUAUUCCUGUACUUCCAAUUUGUUUGGCUUACUUUUGUUUGAUACUCAACGUUGUGAUACCCGGCUCGGGGACCAUCCUGUCCGGAGCGCUGUGCCUGUGCAUUGGAAAGCCACGGUUUUCUCAGCAUGACUCGAUCAAGGGUCGCAUUGGAUCGUUCAUCAUCAACUGUAUAGUGGGCGUGUCGCAGUGCUUCACCAUCAUCUUCUGCGUCGUCGGCUGGGGUUGGGCCAUCUGGUGGGGAACCAUCAUGGUACGGUUGGCAAAACAACACCAGAAGAUUCUGGAGAUGGAGGCCGCCCAGGCGGAAGGUGAAGAGCAAACGACCCUCUCCCAGCAGACGGGAGCUUCCAAUCCGCCCGUGGCAAUGGUUUCACAAAAUCACCGCCGAGACGUCGAAACGGGUCGAUAAAACCACUCAGCUUAGCCGUGAACCCCAACUACCUAUAAAAAGUGUAAUUCCUAAUCCUCACACCGCAAUCGAACCACACCAAACACACCGACACACACACACAUCCACUUUUACUAAAACUUGCACGAAACACCACCUUACUACCGUCUUCGACGAGUCUAUCCCGGAAAAGGAAGUUGGUCGCAUCCAGCUCCACAAGUGGACGUCGAUCCUAUUCGAGCAACAUUUUUGUAAUAUAUUUUUGGACGGCGGAACCGGAAGACGAAACCUGUGUAUCGACGAUUUGUCCAGAAGCAGAGCUUCGGCAGUCGAUUUUUUAUGUAUAACUUUCUACUGUUGAAAGCUUGUGUAAAGCUGCGUUUCCAGAAUGAGACGAACGAAACUUAAAAGAAUGAACAAACCAUAGAGUUUGUUAGAGAGAAUGGGAAAAAUAAAGUUAUGUCUUUUCACAUUUUA